CCGUUCACUUCACUGUGUGUUGACGUGUGGCUAAAACCAGAGAGCUGUUAGCAAACAGUUAGCUCAAUACCGUAGAAAGUGAAGCGAAACCACUGACAGCUGGCUGUUUUUACGAACACAUAAACCUGUAAUAAUGGCGGCUGACUGGGAAGAAAUUCGUCGGCUUGCCGCUGACUUCCAGAGAGCGCAGUUCGCUGACACGGUGCAAAGACUGUCGGAGAGAAACUGCAUUGAAAUUAUUGCAAAACUGGUCCAAGACAAGAAGCUGGAUGUGGUGCACACUCUGGAUGGAAAAGAGUACAUCACCCCGGCUCAGAUCAGCAGGGAGAUCCGAGAUGAACUCUAUGUCCAUGGAGGGAGAAUCAACAUUGUGGACCUUCAGCAGAUCAUCAAUGUGGAUUGGGUCCACGUUGAAAACAGAGCAAGUGACAUUGCAAAAUCUGAUAAAGGGGUUCAGCUUGUGCUGGGACAGUUGAUUGAUGACACGUACCUGGACCGUCUAGCCGAGGAGGUGAAUGACAAACUGCAGGAGGCUGGUUUGAUCAGCAUUGCAGAGCUGUGCAAAAGCUACGACCUCCCAGGAGAUUUCCUAACUGAGGAGUUGUCGAAGCGUCUCGGGAAGCUUAUCCAAGGAGAAAUGGACCAGUACAACAGAGGUGUCAUAUUUACUCCAGCUUUUGUCGCCCGUCAUAAAGCCAGAAUACGAGGGCUUUUCAGUGCAAUCACAAGACCGACACCAGUCAGCAGCAUGAUUGGAGCCUUUGGAUUUCAGGAGCAUCUUCUGUAUUCUGUCUUGGAGGAGUUGGUGAAUACCGGACGUCUGAAAGGAAGUGUGGUUGGAGGCCGACAGGACAAGGCUGUGUAUGUCCCCGAUAUCUACGCCAAAACACAGAACGCCUGGGUGGACUCUUUCCUCCAGCAAAAUGGAUAUUUAGAGUUUGAUGCGCUAGUCCGACUGGGGAUCCCCGACCCCUCCAGCUACAUUAAGAAGCGCUUCAAGUCCAACAAACUGCUGUUCCUCAGAGCUGCCUGUGUGGGUCAGACUCUGGUCGACCAAGUGGAGGCGUCUGUGGAGGAAGCUGUCAACUCGUCAACAUGGACCGACCUCCAGCCAAUUCUUCCCAGCUGCCUGUCAAUGGAAGACAUGGGGAUGCUGAUCAGCCAGGCCAUGAGGAACACCAACGUCCAGUCUUCUGCUAGAGUGCUGGGAGGAACCGUCGUCGUCAGCGAGAAGUUCAUCAGCAACUGCCUCUCUUUAUUUGAUGAGGCUAUGCAGCAGAAGGCUCAGAAGGAAGUCAAGAACAAUCCAGUGUUCCUUAUAACUGAAGAAGACCUGAAGCAAGCAUCCAUUCUGACAGAGAGUUCUGCAUUUUCUAAAAAGGAAAAGAGGGAAGCGGAGCGCAGGAAGAAGGCUGCAGAGGGCAGCGGCAGCGUGAAAGCAGGCGGAGGAGGCAACGCCAGAGAGAUCCGGAUUCGUAAAACCAAGAAGAAAGGGAGGAAAGACGAGGACAGCGACGAAGAAACCGGACCUUCACAGCAAAAUCGCAGCAAACAGACUGAAGCCUCCUUUAUGGCCCAGGAGGAGAUCGUAGCUGUUUUAGAGGAGCGAGUGAGUGACUGCCCUGAAGAAAUCCUCUCUGAGCUGGCAGACCAUUUAGUAAGGCCUCUGAAUAAAACCUAUCAGGAGGUGCUGCGGACAGUGUUCAUGUCCUCCACCAGCUCUCCAUCAGGGGCCAACAAGAAGAAGAGCAUGAAGGAUCUACAAGAGGAGAUCACCAACCUCUACAACAACAUCCGACUGUUUGAAAAAGGCACCAAGUUCUUCUCUGAUGAAACCCAGACCAACAUCGCCAAGCACGUCCUGAAGACCCUGUGCACCGAUGUCACCAACAUCCUGGUUAACUUCCUGGCUGCCGACCUCAUGAUGUCUGUGGAGAAUCCCAGCACCAUUACCAAUGAGGUCAGAGUGAAGAUUUUGGGCAAACUGCCAGAGGAGACCAAAGGGCCUCUGAUGAAGCUGCACAACUGUCUGAAUGGCAAAACCAUUGAAGACUUUCUGACCAACAUAGAGACAUGUGCAGAGGUUUGUGGAUUCAUGCUGAAGAAAGGAGACAAGAAAAAGGAGAGACAGGCCCUGUUCCUGCACCGCCAGGCUCUCGCCGAGCAGCUGAAGGAGACGGAGGAUCCAGCUCUGGUCCUCCACCUGACCAGUGUGCUGCUGUUUCAGGCCACCACCCACUGCAUGCUGCACGCCCCGGGGCGCUGCGUUCCUCAGAUCAUCGGCACACUCACAGGACGAAUACCAGCGGAGCAGCAGCAGCUGCUGUCGGCCUACCAGAGCCUGGUGGUGAAGCAGCUGGUGAGCCAGAGUCAAGGCAAGAAGCAGGAGGAUGGGGAGGGCGAGGAGGUGGAAGGUCAGGACGAGGAGGCGAAGAGCGUCCGCACUCAGCUGCUGACCCUGACGCCUCAGGUGAAGGAUGCUGUUCUGUCCCAGAAGAAGCCGUCCGUCACCGAAGAGUGAACAGUUCGACGAUAAGAGGAAUGAAUGUCACAACUGAUCUGCGAGGAAUCUUUUUAUGCUCUUACAUGUUCAGAUAAAAAGCUUUUACUGCUGCGAGAUCAGCUGGUAAACCCUGCAUUUUUGUGAUUUAUCCGCGUGAACAUAAUUAUAAAUUAUUGAGGGUAAUUCCUGUGCGGGAUGUCUCCCUGUAAACCUUGUUAACGUGAAAGUCCUCAGUGAGGUUCUGAUUUCCAUGCAUUCAUUAAAAGCUCUCCUCUUCCUCACGUGAA